AUGUUCGAAGAGCAGGGCACCAAGGUGAAAAUCACGUCGGUGGUGAUCGUGGUGGGCAUGUCGGCCAUGCUGGCCGCCGUGGUGACGGACCACUGGGCUGUCCUCAGUCCCCGCGUGGACAAGCUCAACGCCACCUGCCAGGCUGCCCACUUUGGCCUCUGGAGGCUGUGCAAGAAAAGCAUCUUCAUGGUGAAGGAGGACCCCCAGGGCAAAGGGUGCGGCCCCAUUGGCUUACCUGGAGCCAAGAACUGUUCCUACUUCAAGCACUUCACAUCGGGAGAAGAAGCAGAAGUCUUUGAAGUAAAGACCCAGAAGGAAUACAACAUUUCGGCGGCGGCCAUUGCCAUUUUCAGCCUGUUCUUCAUGAUCUUGGGCACCCUCUGCGUCAUCUUCUCUUUUGGGAAGGGCCGCGAUUACUUGCUGAGGCCUGCUGGGAUGUUCUUUGCCUUCGCAGGGCUCUGCAUCGUCAUCUCGGUGGAAGUCAUGCGUCAGUCUGUCAAAAGGAUGAUCGCCAGCGAUGAAACCAUCUGGAUCGAGUAUUACUACUCGUGGUCCUUCACAUGUGCAUGCGUCUCCUUCGUCCUCCUCAUCCUCAGCGGGGGCGCCCUCCUCCUCAUCUCCAUGCCGCACAUGCCCAGAAACCCCUGGGAGACCUGCAUGGACGCCGAGCCCGACACUUUAGAUUAG